GGGCCUUGGCCCGGAUUCACAAUUGUGUGGAUCUCCUCACUUCCAUAGUUCCAUGGUUAUAUGAUUAUAACGUCGCCGUCAGAGUCUCAAACAGUCAAACUCAGAGCGAUUCUCGAUUUUUCUUGGAAGACGCUGGUUCUACUUUGCAAAGGAGGAACGAUGGGAUUUAUCAUGGAGUUUGCGGAGAACUUGAUAUUGAGGUUGAUGGAGGAUCCAGAGCAGAGAGACCGAAGUACGAGGGACCACUUGUACAAAAUGAAGGCAGCAGGCAAGAGGUUUUCGGAUGAUAAUAGCUUGCCUAUUCGACCGUACGGGUUCUGGACGUUCGAGCGUCACAAUGCUCAGCUGCGAUGGGAUCCUCAGAUCAGCCAUGCUUCUGGACGAAGGAACCCCUACGAUGAAGUCCUAGAGCAGACCUACAAAGAUGUAUCCAAGUGAAUGCAAGAAAAUUCUAGAGCCAUUAGCCGGCGGAUGUCUCUAAAUUGGUGGGAUCUUGUCUGUGGACAUUUGAAUGUAAUCCUGUCGUAAACUAUGCUUUAUGCAACGGGUUUGUUAUUUUUUGAAUCUUCCAAACUGGUUCAUAAGUUCAAAUAAUUGUCUGUAUAACACUGUUAUAUUGGAAUUUGUCCUCUUUUUUAAAAGAAGUUUGUUUGUCAUUGACUAGAUAUUGUAUUGAGUGGAGUAUAUCUUCCUGUUAUCAAUAAUUUAACAUGUUCAUGUG